UAUCCCCGCAGUCGGUUGUGUUUGUCUUCUCGCAGAGAAAUAUUCUACUGAUUAAAAUAAUACAAGUCUAUCUUCGAUAAAAUCUGUCCGUCGUUUGCCACAUUUAAUAAGUAGAGAAUAAAUCAUUCCAAGUCGCCGCCGACUGAUCUGCCGAAACUUGUGGCUUCCUACCAGAACAUUCGCUAGCAUAAUAUUAGUGGUGAAAUAGAAUUUGAUGGAGUUGGUGGCUCCACGGUAGAGCGGAAGAAUGUAAGUGCGUGUUCGCUAUUUUGUGAGUGAGAAUUUGUUCGAAGGCAACCCGGGACAGGCUUCAGUAAUCAUUGUGCGCGAGAAGGAUACGGAUGACAGCACGAAAGCUCCUGAAGUUGGAAUGGAUCCAAUCUCCCCUUUCCGCGCCGACCAGUACUCAUCCUCUCCAGGCCUGUGUUUGGUUGGGCUUCUGAAGCGGUGGAAAUGUGAUACGUUCAAACAUUCGGAAGAUUGCCUUCGCGAGCGAUAGAUGAUAGAAUGCAUGUCGCAGCUGUUGCUCAGAUUACCCCAAUCUCCGGAAAUGCGUGGAACUUACCACAACUGGUGGCGUGUACCCGUCGAGAAAACGAAAUGAAAACCCAUUCGAGGAAUACGCUGGCGUUAGUGAUAUACAUUUAGGGAGCAGUGUGUUCUAAUACUCAAAAACAACUAAAAGUGACGAAAAGCUCGUAGUGAUUGUUUUUCCUUGCUUCAGUGAAGUGUGUCAAAAAUGGCCUUACAGAAAAAGUUAUCUAAUAACGAUUUCGAGCUACUCUCGAUCAACAAAAUGAAUAACAACAGUGGCAACAACGAUCCGAACGGUAACGGAAACGGUAUUGUUGGUAUCAUCAGCAGCGGUGCUGGAGCAAGCAACAGUAACACCAACAGCAGCAUCAAGAUGCCACAGAAGAAGAUCCAGUUCAGUACGCCCGAGUUCAGCAUCACUCCGAUCGAGACGUUGCCCGGCAGUACAAUACGUCCUCCGCCCAGCCGGAAAAGAGAGGAAGCCAUCGUGAUGGCAAACCUGCGGAAGCGCGUCGCCGCAUCGGAUCUGAACAAAACUCCUCGGAGAAUCAUCCCCGUUCCAAAUCUGGACGACAUCAGCAUCAACGAUACCGGUCAAACGCAGGACCAGAUGGACAAUCGACCGUUACUCCCGAAAGCGGUCGGAUCCGCAUUGGGGAAUGAUCGUAAGGAUCGAUCAAAGAACGGAAACGACGGUGGUGAAGAAUCACCAAAAGUAAAGAUUGUCAUGGAUAAGGACUUUAUUUUCGAGUGCAUGUGCUGGCAUAACGAGUACCGGAUGAGGCACGGAGCGCCAGCGUUAGGCAUUUCCUCAGAACUAUGCGAAAUGGCUUCACAGUGGGCAAAUCAUCUAGCGAGUACGAACGAGUUGUACUAUCAGAGCGGAGGAACCUACGGACAGAACAUAUUCUGCUGUCCUGCGAAUUCUCUACUCACGGAUCUAUCGGGUCAAGAGGUUGCCACCUAUUGGUAUAGUACCAACCGAAGGUACGACUACUUUAAGGAAAGCCACUUGCUCCACACCAACGUCAACACGGGCCACUUUUCGCAGAUGGUGUGGCGUGCCAGUAAAUACUUCGGGGUCAGCAAGUCCAUCUCCAAAUCGGGCAAACUGUUUGUGGUGGCCUACUACUACCCGGCCGGCAACGUGAUGGGUGAGUUCCGACAAAAUGUUCUGCCCCCGAUUGUGACGAGCGAAGAUCCGCACCUGUCGCGUCCUCCUUCCGCUAAAGAUCUGGAUAAUCUGAGUGCUUCCCACUGAGUAAAUAAGAAACGGUGUUCCAUUAUGUAACAUAUAAGAUAUUUUCUAAGCCAGAAGCUAACCGCAUGGAUUUCAUUGUGUUGCAAGAAACUAAUCCAAUCUUAUGUACAGGCGUUGUAGAGAAAUCCUAUUUGGUUGCUGGGAUAUGGUCAUACAGGACAACCAAAAUGAAGAGCUUCAGUAUAAUCGUCAAAAGUUGCAGUAAUACCAACAAAAAACAAACAUGCCAACAGCUUUCAUGACUAGUGCUAAUAUUUUAGGCAAACAGUGUCCAUAUAUAGUGUAGCAGUGCAAAUUAAUUUAUCAUAUGAGCAAAACCAGAAAAUAUCAUAACCUCGCGAGAGCCUUCCAUUCAAAUUGUUACGGUAGAACAAUCCUAGCUGUAACAGCAGCAUAAGCGAUGAUGGUAUGUAGGUAGCUAAGACUAGUCUACUCACGCUUCCAGCUCUGUUCCGUCUGACAACGACACAGAGAACAGAUGCAUGCCGGAUGGGCUCCUCGAGCCAGAGUGGAGAAACAGCAGCGUGCUCUACGAAGAAAUCAUAUUACAACUCAUUAGACUGCUUCCCGUUGUGAACCAAAGAAAGGAUAUAAUCGAAUAUUAAUUGAAUACAUCGUGUAAUCAUACGGCACUGUAAUUAGCUUUAGACAAAAAUUUGAUUAGUACAGCUUAAAUGAACGAAAAAUAUGCGAAAGACUGCCAUGUGGUUGGUGCAGGGAAUUUCGAGCUAUGUAAAGUGGGAAUGCUUCACUUUUAGCGAUGAUUUUGCAUGACUGCCCGGUUCUAAUUUGUAUAAAUUCCAGAUUAAAUAGAAUAUGUAACUAAAUUAUAAUGGAAUCUAUGUUCCGUAACAAGUUUGUUAUAACUCUGUUGUCCUCAAUUGAUAAAACACAAAAAGUUUGAAAGCAUUUUGGUCUGAUGUUCGGUUUACAUUACAAUUCGAUUUCGAAUGAAAAAAGAAGAACAAAUUUACAUCUAAGGACUAAACUAUUCAAAAUCUGUGUUCUAUCGUCCGGAUUGUAAAAGAGAGCAAAGGUUGUUUUCAACAAUACCAUAUUUCGAAAAAUUCUCAAUAUAAAUCAGAAAAGAACCAGAGUUAUUUGAGAUUCUUAGCUUCGAUAAUUUUAAUCUUUAAUUUCAGGUUAAUUUGCACCACUCAGCGAGUUUUGUUAUUAUACCCAAAAUGCAAAAUUGCAAUCAAACUCGCAGGAAAAUUGGCGAACAACAGAAUCUAAAUUUUAGAGAAUUUUAUCACCAAAGCAAAGACAAUUUUUUUUACAAAAACUACUACAAAUAGUAAUGAAAAAAGACACAAGUCUAGACUAGCUAAUAUGAAAUAGCAGGUGAGAUCAAAAUCGAACAAAACAUUCGAGAUAUAGUAUAAGAAGAAUAGCCAUAAACUUACCAUAACUAUGGAACAAAACAAUCGUUCGACAUCAGAAAGAAAUUGGACACCGUUUUCAAACUCCCGAGUAUUACAAAAAAAAAGAAUGAAAAAGUGGAAGACUUCAUAUUUACAGCAGAUAAACAAAAGGAUCCGAAUGCAGGAGCGUAGUUAAAACUAACGUUUAAGAAUACACCCGUAAUGAUAUAGCCUGUACUAUAUAACCAGCUAUACACCCUCUAUCCCAUAAAUAGUCGAUAAGUGACGAACGAAGCCAACAUGAAUUCAUCACGCACCCUAAAGUGAGAAGUAGUGAAUAUUGAAAUCAUGUGAUGCCGCGAUAGGUCAUUGAGUUAUGACAAGUUCACACCGGAACGUACGCUUUUCUCCGCCCACACACACACACAAACGCGCAAAUUUCGACCCCAGCCUAGCCAUUCUAACUAUAUACACUUAUGCAUCUGUGUAUCCUCAGCUUUUGAAUUCGAAUAAAGUCACGAUUUCUUCAUCGCAGCUAUAAUAAUCGCGCGGGUGAAGCCAAUAAAAGCUCCGAUCUGGAAAAUUUAUUCGCCACGAAAAUGUUAAUCACAGGAAGGUACGUGCGCAGCUGGUGCCUUUGCUGGUGGCGAAAAUGAAUCGCACCCCGCCCAGCAAGGAACGUCUCGUCGUAAAUUCAACUGUUAGGUUUUAUUGCAGUAUAGAGCUAUAUCUGUAAUUGUGUGUUAUUAUUUAUAGGGUUUCCUAUGUUCGCCAUUGCGGUAAAAUAAUUCUCCGAUCAACGCCCUUGCAGGAGCGGCAGAUGACGUAAUGUAUUUCAAACUGCGUCAUUAAUGUGUAGCACAAGUCAAUCAGGGAACAUGCUUUUGAAAAAUUCAUAUCAGAUAUUAUUAACCCUUUCAUUCCCAUUCUGCUUAUAACCAACAACGUUUUCAAACAGCUAAAACUAUUGAUUGAGGCAAGAUUUGCACACAAAAACAAGUAUGGCUAAUAAAUGUGACGACAGAUAAGACCCGAUUUUUUCUACCCCCCGACUUUAUCAGCCUCACAUGUUAAUUGAUAGUUAAUAGUUUGAUGGGCUCUAGCAGACGAACCAAUUUGAAUUCAAGUAAAUCCUUUCUUGAGCAUGUUUUUCUUAGCUUAGAGAUCCGAAAUAUGCAAAAAAAAUUUUUUUUAGAUUUUGCACUUUUAGACCCUCUUAACCCUCCGGAUGUCGCGCUUAUGGCCCACUUAACGAGCAACCGCUGGUGCCCUAAGACGAUCUCGCUGGAUUUUCAGAGCAGCGUGCACUCAGUGCAGUAGCGCGACUGCCGGAAGGUUAAUGGCAAUUUACGCUAAAUAAUGAGAAAAAGCUAGGGACUAAAAAAGAAUAUUUUAAGAGCUUCGGUUUCCUAAAAAGAAAGAAAAAUGUAUGUCCCGAUUUUGUCAAUGUCCCCGUUUUAUCAGCCUAAAAUUCACCAAGGAGCUGAUAAAAAUGGGUCCUCACUGUACUGCCUUUUAUUUGAGCAUUAACAGUUACAAGGAUCAGCUCUAGAACUAGAGUUAUUACAAUUAUUCUGAUUGGAAUCCGAUGGAGCAGUGCUGCCAGUGACAGUUCACAUGGACGACGAAAAUGAAAUGUUCAUAUAUCUUCUUAUAUUUUGCAAUUUUGAAAAUUGAUAAAACCUGUCAAUUUAGACUGUCCUCGACUACGUUUUUCACGCAAUCAGACUGUUGUAAAUGGUCUAGAAGAAUUGUAUUGAGCAUUGGAAGGUAAAAAUUGAGCAGCUUCUAGCACUGCGAGAGAAUCACCCAUUUUUAUGAAAAAAGGGUUUUCGUGUUUCUUAACUCUACCGUUUUCAGGCACUAGAAAAAUAUUGGGCAUGAAAGAGUUUAAUGUUUUUUUGAUCCCGCACGUUAAGUUAGCUGUAAGGUGCUAAUGCUUUUGCGUUUCACCCAAUGUUCGAAACUAUUCUUGCACAACAUAAGAAAACAUCAUCGAAAUUAAUAACGCGAUACGAAUAAAACAUGUGUGAUGAGUAUGCUUUCUCAUAUCGUACAGAUCAGAAACGCACCGCUUGCGAACUGCGUACAAAAAUACUACUAGCGCCGCGCCACUCUUACGUGUACGUGUAACAAAUGGAUACAGCCAAGUUCCGUUGCUCCCAACUGCGAGUGCAAUAAGUAAACAACAAAAAAAAAUUGCCCACUACGAGAGAACACAAUCGCGAUUGACUUUUCACAGGCCUGUUUUAGAACUACAGUGCACGAGGUGGAACAGUUGAUCAAGGUGAAAAUGGAACUUGUUCUUGUUGUAGCUACGUCAUACGAGACAAGUAGUACUAAUAACGUUCAACUCUUUAGCCGUGGCAGAAAUCUUCAUAGCAAAGAACAACAUGCAACACGACGUCGAUUUUGAAAAACGUCAAAACCAAUUUCCCCGUGUAUAUGGACCCCGUGUAUAUGGACCUUGAUCGGACGGAAAUUCGCCUACACGAUUUGACAUCGCGGGCGCACGAAACAUAUCAAGAGAUUCAUAUUUAAGUAGGGAAAAUGGAAUCCGUCACAAACGACACUUGGACUCUUUGUCCCUUACAUUCUUAACGGUGUACGGGUGGUGCGAAUGUGGCUGAACCAACCUAUACCUUCUAACAUGACUUUCGAUGACAGAUCACGUGCCAGAUCUGUAGCCAGACGGCACACUAUGGUAAGCCAUGCGCCAAAAUAACUAAAGACAAUUUAUUUACUACAACGAACUCCACCAAAUUCGACGUCUGAGUCAACGAGCUCAUUUUGAAUCAAGAGUUAUUUUGUAAAACGGCGUUAAAGUUUCUGCGUGUAACAGUUACAAAAAAAUGUUCGAUUACCGUAGUUGAUACAGCGAAACUGUGCAAACGAGAUUAAUAUUUCUGCGCCGAAAAAUUUACACUGAAAAAAUGCUGUCAUUUUUCACAACAAAUUUUUUUGAUGAAAAUACAAAUUGCAAAAAACACCAUUUUUCUAAAUUUCUUUAUAAAUAAAAUUCCAAAGAGAGAAGAAACAUUUACAAUGUGGUUGUAUGAUCGAGAUCAUAUAUCAGUUAAAAAGUGUUUCCAACAACAACUUUAUACAUGAUUUUAAAUUUCAUGCUAAUUGACAGACAUAAAUGUGAUUUGAUUACAGAAUAUGAUUCUAAAUUUCAUUUCAAACUAAAAUAUAUUUAACAAAAAAAUUUCAAAAUGCGAUAGUUGUCGAGAUAUUUGGAAUUUCGCUCCAACAAAAACAAUUAUCUCAUAAAUUGGCACAAAGGUUCACUACGAGAUUUAUCAGACUCAAGCAACUGCAAACCUAAUCUACUGUUUCUGGUUAUCUGAAAUUUCAAAUAGCCGAUAUCGUCUUCUCCGAUGGGCUAACUCCACCUGCUGACUCUGUAGAUCUCUAGUUACUUAGCUGCCUAGCGGACAAAUAUUUCUGUUUAUUAGGCAUUGCGUUAUUUUCACGGAGUACCGAUAGUACUUCAUUCUUGCUAUUCCUUAGUUUUGCCUACCAUCACGAUAUCGGUAGAUAACACUUCACUCACAAUUCGCUGGAAAUUUUUUCAAGCGCAUCAGGAUUUUGCAUCUCAUUAAGCUCCUGUUGGUCAUAAAGGGCGUAAAUCUAGUUCUACGUGGUAGAAAGCCAAUGUAAAGUACAGCUUUGAAAAAAAAUUCGAGAUCAUUUGAUGGAAAAACAAAUUAAUAGUAUGGUUAAGAUUCGUCAAAGUUAUCAAAGUUUCAUAAAUCAUUCGACCUGCAUAGUGAAUCUUGAAUUGCUUAGUCAAAAUUCAAUGGGCAACAUCUUUGGUUUUGGUUCGACACUUUACACUUCCGUUCAAAAUGACCCAAGUUUCUGCAUAUGUUAUCAGAAUUCCGUAGUCAAACAUUAUCUGCAACAGUUCGAUUCGUUUCACUGAAUCGUACGCCGCCUAGAAAUGCGGAUGCUUAAAACAGAUGGAGAGUCCGUAAGAUAUAUUCCCGGCAUUCAUUCAGUAUUUGUCGUAGGGUAAAUAUCGUGGUCGUUGGUGUUCUUUCGCGAAACCCGAUUUUGUAUUCGCCGACAAAGGAUUCAGCCAAGUCUGCUAACAGAACACAGGAGAGUACCUAAUAGACCACAUUGAGAAUAAUUUUUCUUUCAUGUUCGGCCGGGAUUCUGUCAUUCUGUAUGGUCUUUUCGUCAACAAAAAUAAAGAUUACCGAUGUAUAAGUAGCUCAGUACAGAUAUGAGAGAAAGGAACUCUAUAGUCGAGAGCCUGUAAAGGGUGGAACGGUCAAAAAUUGAUCAAACAUGAUUAAAUGCACACUGAUUAUAUUGUUUUUGAAACGGACAAACUACAAACCUUUUUGAACUUCAGCAAGGACAAAAUAUUUUUAAAAAAAUUAUGUGAUUAGGAUUGCGAAUUGUCGGGCUUUACGUUUCACACCUUUUAUCAGAUUUUGUAACAGUGCUGUGUUCACUUUAUUUAUUGUCGACUACGACUUACCCGUUGUUUUCCAUUCCUGAGCCAUUUUCCCGCAGCGCCAGAAAAUUACAUCCCACUAACACAAUUCGGAGCAUCUUUCUUUUUUUCGAAAAAGGCAUUUCUACAAUCAUUCCUGGUGGCAGAUAUCUUGGAAUUGACAAUGCCAAUUGUCAUGAAAAUUUUGCUUUUCAACCCACGUGUGCAAAUAACCUGCCAAACCAAGUAUUUUUCAGAAGCUUAGACAACUUGUUCUGCAUAAUCAUGUUUAAAACCUUCCAUUUCCGGUAAAACUAGUGACGUAGGAAUUGCUUGAAAUUCACCUAGACCUAUGGGCAGAUCACUCUAAGAAUGUGUAACAAGUUUGCAUCAAAUUAGAAUAAUUUCCAUUUUUUCAUCAACUUUGCACUGCCUCGCAGAAAAGUUUGUUUACCAAACGUCUAAAGCUGAUCCAAUUUGGUCGGCGGUUUGUUGAAUGCAGGGCAAGUUUUUUUUGUAGGAUUUUGACGUCAUCGCAAAAUACAUUGCACGCAAUGCAAAAUACAUUAUGAAUUUCUAUUUUGAGGGAAAGAAAUAUAUUCAAUUUCGCUGAUUUUUAAAAAUGCAUCACAAGUGAUCUACCCCUAGACCUAGACGUAUAUUUUCAAAAACAAAAUAUAGGCAACAUAAAAUAGAAGCAAUAUACGACAAAUGUAUCAUUAUUUUAUCAUUCCACCCUUCACACUAGUAAAAGUAUGUAGGGUAAAGUGCCUAUUUUCACCAUACUAAGCAGGGUGACUCACUAGUUCAUUAAUUUCUCGGUCUACAAUCAAUGGAAUGCGUAAAAAUUGACAUCAACUGCUUUGCUUCGUUGUUAAGAACCAAUAUACUAACACAAAUACGCUGAAAACAGUGAAAUUCCCGUGUUUGAGCGCAACGAAAACACGAAUCGAGUGCCCCUAUUGUUGCACUACCAUUUGACUCAAUGCGUUGAACAAAGAUGGCAGACACUGCUCUAACCAAUGGCUUCAAAUGGGUAGGGUGGUAAUAGAAACAUGGCGAAAAUGGGCUCAUCACCCUAUUUUAUUUUUCAGCUACUGUCAAAAAUUAGAAAAUUUAAAUAAAACAUAACAAACUGUGUUUCUGCAAAAUUAAUAACUUCUCUGAAACGUGUCCCUCAAAACAUUUCAAAGUUUUUUUGAGCGAAGAAAAAAGUUUUCGCAUCCUCUAAAACAUAUUCAUAGAUCCUUUCAAUCAUCGUGAACUAGUUAAUGAUUCCAAAUAUAAUAGUCACGAUUCAAUAUCCGUGCUCUUGAAAUAGUUAACAAAAUCACACAAUGUUAUUCAUGUAUACGUGAACUGAUUCCUGAUUUCAGGAGAAUUAGUUGCAACUCAACAUUUAUGAUCAUGAAAUAGAUCAUGAAAUAAAUUUUUAUAUAUUCGUGAACUACGUUCAUUAUUCCUUGUAUUAUAGUCACGAUUUACCAUUCGAGCUCGGCCAAUAAUUUACAAAAUAUUAUUCAUGUAUACGUGAACAAAUUUAUGAUUUCUAGCGACUGACCAUUUGUGCUCUUGAAAUAGUUUACAAAAUCAUGAAAUCUUGUUCAUAGAAACGUGAACUGAUUCAUGAUUCCUAAUAUAAUAGUUUUACCGGACCAUGUGGCCGUGAAAUAAUUCACAAAAUCAAAAAACAUCGUUCAUGUGUUCGUGAACUAGUUCAUGAUUCCUAGUAGUGCUAGUGUGCUUGAUAUUUAGAAGACAUCCGGAAUCAUUUUCUAGUUCAUACAACUCUGCACAAGGUUGUGAAAUUUUCACGUGAACUUUUUUACAAAAGUUGGGUUUUGUCGUGAAAUUUCAUACAUUUAUGUACAGCCCAUAGCGAUUAGUAAUAGGUUCGAACAGCAGAUAUCAGGAAACUAUUAAGACCUCGAACAUCAUUAUUCAUUCGAUAAGGUUCAAUGUGAUCUCUGAACAGAAAAUGAAAACUGCGCUUAGCAUCAAUAAUAUAUUAUAGAACCACGAAUCUUGUUCGUGAUGUUGUUCACAAAACAAGAUACCGCGAAUCAGUUACGCUUUUAUGAACCAAAUCAUAUUGUCACGUUACCCCGAAUGAAAAAUCCUACAGUAAUUAUAUAUGAACAAUAUUUACAUUACGGCACGUGGCAAAUUCGAACAUGAGCUCAAGAAUAAAAUAUCACGAUAACAUGCAUAUAAAUUACGAAAAACGUGACUAAGAUUCUGAAAUCAUGAACAUAAAUUACACUACUCGUGAUUAAAAUAUCAAAAAUCGUGACUAUAAUCCUGAAAUCACGAACACAUAUCACUCUACAUGUGACUAAAAUAUCACGAUAACGUAAAUAGAAAUUACAGAAUUCGUGACUGUGAUCCUGAAAAAUUCAAUGCAAUACUCGUGAAUAAAAUAAUACGAAAACGUGAAUAUAAAUUACGAAUAUUGUGAGUAAAACCCAGAAAUUUUGAACAUAAAUCGUGUAACUUUGCCAUAAAAACCAGAUAUUUAAUUCGUGAAUAAAAUAUCACAGUAACGUGAUGUGAAAUUACGAAAAUCACGAUAAGCUCCUGGAAUUAUGACCAUCGUUUUAGUUUUUUUUUUAAUUCAUUUAUUUGACACGGCUCGUUGCGUAAGUUUAAAGGAGCCGUGGGUCUUUUUUUAUAUACUUACAGUAAAAUAAUUAUUAAAAAUCAUAUUUUAAUGUGUUUCCUUUGAAUCCUUCGCACGCAAUUUACUUUUGCGAGCGGAGAUUCUUUUCUUGGGCGGUGGAGCAUUGUCGACAUCGCAAGACAACGCCUGGGGGUUAUUCAAUCUGAUGCCUCGAUCGUCGCUUUCGUCCAUAGUUUCAUCGCUGCUGUUGUCUUGAAGGUUGCGGUCAAUAGCUUUGUUGUACUUCUUCGAUUUGCUGGUUAUGGUCGUGAAGCUUUCCUCCUUGUUGUCUGUAUUUUGUUUGGUGGUGAUGUUUGUUGCUAUCGGAGUAUUAGGUGUUGAUUCUAUAUUCGUUUGUUGUUUAACCGUCACUACUUGUUGGACAUUUGUUUGUGCUUUAGUUGUUGGCGUUGAAGUCAAGAUGGUUUUGUUGGUUGUAAGUGAUUUUUUUGUAAGGGUUUCCACGCACGGUUGUCCAUAAUGCGCAGAUUUUUCACAGAACUGACACGUGGCAGUUUGUUGGUCAUAUGUGCACAAUGUGGUCUGUGCAUAGAGGGUGCCAGGUUACAGGGUCACAAAUGAUGGUAUAGGGCGUUUUAGUCGCAUUCUAACCACUCGAACGGUCGACAUCUCGACCAACAAAAUGCAUACAAUACUCACAACAAUAACGGUGCUUUCUUUGUUUAGGGUUUCUAUAGCUUAGCGUGCACGAACCGAACGCGACGGGGAGCUGCUUUGAACGUGACCAGCGUCGUUGGUGGGUAGAAACAGACUGAUCGUUUUAGUUGAUAUACUACAAAACCAGUGUAUCCCCAAUGUACUAAUGAGAAUCAUAACAAAAAAACCAAACAUAUCCAAGGAAAAAUUACAGUAACCCAACCAAAAAUUGCAAUGUAACGCCAUGUACAUUUUUGCGCGAACUUGUUUUUCUAAAAGCACACAUAGUUUCAUGAAUACGAGGAUUAUUACCCAUAAUUUCAGGAACUUGGUCACGAUUUUCGUAAAUCGUUCAGUUCACGUAAUCGUGAUUGUUUGUUCAUAAAUUUAUGAACGGAUUUUUUUCCGCGUAAUUUAACAGAUUUUGGAUGGUGAUCUUUUUAUGCAGUAGGUUUUGAUUGAAGAUCGGUGUGCAUCGUACCUUUUGUUGGAGUUCUUCGAACACCAGUGGUGCUGAAUCACUAGAUUCGUUUGUACGCUUGUAUCGUCCACAGCGAGAAACGUGGGUGCUACGUGUAGCACACGAAAAUUGUCUGCGAACCAUAACCGACACGGAAGCGGGUGAACUUUUCCUCUGAUCAAUACAAUCGUGCAGAUUCGCAGUUUUGUCUUCAAAAUUCAAUAUUCAGUUUCCAGUUGUACCGAUCUUGUUCUCGUUUAUUCACGCCUGCGUCAUUUGCUUUUUUGCUCCUUUUUCCCUUAGAGCAAUAUCUCAUCAUCUAAUAAAAAUUGUUUUUGCUUGGUCUUACAUAACUAGCUUGAGUGUUCUGAAAUGUUUGUUGGAGCAUGAUUGUGGUAAGUAUAUUUCAUUUUCCUUUUUUGGAAAACAUACUUUCUGAAGCAAAAUUGAUUAGGCCUUCCGAAAACCAGUAUAAAAAGUUGACAAUGAGUAUCAAUGAAACUAGAAUCAAUUAAUUGAAUGUUGAUACCAUAUAAAAAGCAUUACUGGAUAAUUUUCAUUGCUCAGUAUUAAUCAUAAGUUCAAUAUUUUCUCGGUCAAUAUUAAAAUGGAAAUGUAGAUUAACGAAAUUAAUAACUCGAUACUAAACGUGCAAAUGUGCUUUGCCGUACGUUAUGUUUUUACAUAGCGUUGUGCAUGCAUUUUUGUCCGAUAUUGAAGAGACAUUUUUGGAAAUAAAUUCUUCAAUUUCAAAAACUUAUCCAUUGAUUGAGGCACAAGACUUUCUUCCAUAAAUGCAAAUUCUUUGCACAACGAUAAUUUUCUGUACAAAGACAGCAUCAAAACUUAUCGCUUAGCCACGUCACUCCCAACGAUUUAUCAAAACCCCACCCCAUUAAAUUGAAACGGUUGGUACGGUUGUCCACGUUUCUUCCUUAUUCAAGGUUCAAAAUAAUUCAAAAUUCAUAAAAUCAUUCAUUAAAUGAAUAAUUUUAUUGUGUAUAAUUUUGAAUCAUCUUCAUUUUGAACGCUGCACAGUUGGCCUGGCCGCUUUAAUGAUUGUGUCACAUAUCAUAUGUGCCACAAACAUUAAUAUUGACAAGAAAAAUUGUAGGCGAACUUCUGAAAUUUUCCAAUUCAUUCCGUUAAUCCCUACAUGUAUUGGCUGUGUAUGUGUAGACUAGACUAGACUAGCCUAGACAAAGACAGCAUCUAAACUUAUAGAACUGGUAUCGUUAUCUAGGGACCAUUCAUAAAUUACGUAACGCAAAAAUUGCCCAAAAUUGGCUCCCCCCUCCCCCCAUGUAACAAAUUGUCACAAAUUUCUUCAUCCCCCCCUCCCCUGUUACGUAACAAAUUCCUAGAAUUUUUUUUCUUCGGUGAAAACAUGUUACGUAACGAUCUAGCUAACUCCCCCUCCCCCCUAUGUCACAACAUGUCACAACUUGUUGUACCCCCUCCCCCCCCCUAAAAGCGUUACGUAAUUUAUGAAUUGUCCCCUAUCAGCAUGCAUGCUUACCGGAACCGACCGAGUCAUACAACUUUCAAACCACUAUACAAUGUUUGAGCGUUUGGAUGCUCACCGUAACGACAAACCGACCAGUAUAAAAAUGUAGGAUUUUGUAGUCAAUAGCGGAUCAGAUUUGCAUGACUCCAGCCGGAAAUCUACUUUUCAGAAGAAAACAAAAACGGUCUCUUUCGCUCUUGUAAAACUUGAAACGAAACAAAGAUUGAUGUUGCUACGCUCCAUUAACUCGGCGGUGAAAGCUAGUGCAUGUCUCGACUCCAUUAUCGGCGUAAGACGUUAUUUGGUUGAAUGCCAUGAACGAUGGAAAGGGAGCGGGCAUAGCGUGGUUAGUAAAUCGGUUGCCUUGUACGCAGCUCAGCUGGGUUCGAUUCUCAACCCCGCGCAUAGGGUUAGCGAUUGCUCCAAAGAGCCUUUUCUAAUUCGAAAAAAAGAGGCGAAUGACCCAAAUGCAAAAAUUAGCUUUAGCUUUCCAAAAGAAUUACCAUAAUCAAAAGCUGGGAAAACAGAUCUUAUUCGUAACAGAAAUUCUUUGUAUAGCGGUGGCUUCUUCCGUUUUAAAUAAUGUGGAGACCGUUCAAGACCAUAUUCCCCAUCUCGAAGCGAGGAUCUUGCAUUGAUAACGUCAGUGUUGCACUUUUAGUUUGUUAAUUCUAGCCAAGCGUACUUAGAGCCUUGGGAAUGUGAUCAGCUCUUUAAAAAUAUUUUCAAAUACCCAAAUAGAAGUCAGUCGAGACAAAAGAUAAAAGUUCCACAACCGCGUUGAAAUUUCGAAUAUUUGCCUUUUUCAUGGAAAAUUUCUUUGCAAAGGUUCUUCCAAACCAGUGAUCAGUAUGAAUCGUGGCAUCUGAAAGUUAAAAUAAACGAACAAACAUUUCAGUUUUUAUGUAAUAUUUUUUCUCAAGAACUCACACAGCUUCUUGGCUCCCUCUGUGCAAGCUCUUUUUAUUUUAUCGGCUUGAAUUAAUUAAUUUUAAUUGAGGUUGCAGUGCCGCAUUUCAAUUUUUCACAGAUGACCGUGGAGAAUAUUCUAGCUAUAAACUCAAAACAGACAUCAAGCAAUUAAAAAUGCAAUUAUUGGCGGCUGUGAAAAUCGGCCAGAUAACAAACCAGCGAGAUAUUUUGAAUAAUUUAUGCUAUGCAUGACUGGAAUUGAUUUCAAUUAUGGAAUUUGUAAGCUUUGUAUAAAAAGUCACAAUCAUAGGCCAUAGAAAGUGGCGGGAUCGUGUGAAUUUUCGUAUUGAAAAUUUAUUCGACUGUUCUUGUAAUAUUUACCCAGAAUAAGAAGUAUAGAAGUAUAUUAUGAGCAUUGUAAUAAAUGCUAAUUAUAAUAAACUUUUGACUAGAUAUUGACUAGUGAUAUAAGAUGCCACAUGCUUUUCUCCUAAAGAUGUACGCUCAAAUCUAGCGACCCGAACAAUCCUAUCAAACGACGUAAAUCGAAUUCAAAAGCUGAGGUGUACAGUUCUAACAUUGUUUUCUGCCUGCACAUAUUUUCUUGACGAGAGCCGCACAACGACCAUUCAAAAAAAAAACUAGUCCAGUAUGUGACCUAAUUGCAAUCUGAGUUUGAAUGUUCUGUCGUAUGCGAUAAAACCAAAUGAUUACAAAACAAAUCCAUAGGAAGUAAGUUGAUCGACAGAUCGCUGAAUGACUCAGUAAAUGCUAAUAGCCACGCACAGCGAAGCAGAUAUUUUCGAUUGAAAUAUGUUGCCACCGUUAGCAGAAUACAUUCGAUAUACUGAUAAAAAAGAUCCUCUAUAUUGCCUUAUAAUGCCUCGAAUUAUUUGAUAGAUAAAAUGUUAAUGGUAAGUAAAAAAACAAAUUUCAUAAAUGUAGUCCUCAACUGACGAGAAAACCAUUACAAUCAAAAAUAAACACAGAAAACAUUGACAAGCAUGGUUUUGAUUAGUACUGCAAUUAAUAUGAGCUAGCUGUUAAGAUGCAAUGCAACACUGAAAAUAUAACUAUUGGAUUAUAACGUGCACAGAAAUAUAUUAUAAAAGAAAGAAAAAGUUUAUACAUAAAGCAAUUUUUGAAACGCAUCACUGUUAAUGGUCAGUCAAAUUUUAUAGCGUAUACUUUUACAGCUAGUUGUUAAAGUUGUUCUUAAAAUAACACAUCAAUGUGCUUCAUUUUCCGUGGUGAUCGAUACGUCUUUCCGUUGCGUUUUUUGGUACCUUGACUACCAUAUUGCAGAAGAUAUAAGAACGCUUCCUUUUAUAUAGCGAACUAGAAGAGGUAUGAAUAGCGAAGAGAUGAUAAAUAACAAAUGUUGUAGAAGAAACGAAUAAAUUGUACAGAGCAAUCAAACUCACACCUAGAAUGAUAGAAACCAGAAGCAAAAUAAUGAGAAUUCCAUAUAUUUCAAAUAACAUAUAUAAAUAAACACUGUUGUAAAGAUAAUAAAACAGCGCAUAAACGAACAGAGCGAGGAGGAAAAGGAGCUAUCCUUUUAUUUUCUGGUUAAUAGAAUAUGGAUAUGCCACAAGCAAGCGGAUAUGGCGCAGUGGUAAGAUUGACAGCAAGCAUGGCAUUGUCAAGCCAAGCUGAAGACGGCAGGUGUUGAAAAUAGAUAUUUAGGCUUUUCAAGUGAGUGAGAUCGAAACGAACGACGUGUUACAAGCAUAUUGGGGGGUGUAAACAUUAAUAAACGAAAAUAGAA